AUGGGUAACACCAGCUCGUCGUCCUCACGCGGACAUCACGACGACACCGUUGACUACGGUCAUCUCACUCCUCAGGGCGUCUACACUGGGUCCAAAGAUUGGAAUCAUGGGAUCGUCACCCAGCUCAUCGUAGAUCGCAGGCUUGCUCCUUUCUAUCGACCUCUAGAAGAUUACAAUGAAAACUGGGACGAUGAGCAGAUCAUGUCAGCUAGAAGGGUCCUUCCAGAUACUGACAGCACCAAGGUUGACUCGCGAGAUUCCACAAAGCCAGCUCAUCAGUCUAAACGGCCUGGUGCAUCUAAGGAGCCUUCCCGUUAUCCAGAGGCUGCCAUUUACAGAGGUGCUGUAGAAUGCCCAAUAUGUUUCCUUUAUUACCCCCCUAACAUGAACCAUUCAAGGUGUUGCGAUCAAGCAAUAUGCACGGAGUGUUUUGUUCAGAUAAAGAGGACCGAACCCACUGCUACACAUCUCGUAUCUGAGCCAGCAGCAUGCCCAUAUUGUGUACAGGAGAAUUUUGGUGUGGUAUAUACUCCUCCUUCAUGGCGUACUGGAAUCGGGAGCGAUGGAACGUCAUUACCAGUAUGGUCGGAUAUCCCUAAAGGCGCGCAGCAGAACAUAGCCAGUGCGGCUCACAAACGACGUCGCAAAAGCUUUGGUCAUGAUAGUCCGGAAGUGGUCACUACAGAUUCUAUAAGGCCAGACUGGGAAGCUAAACUUGCCGCUGUUCGAGCUGCGGUUACGCGCCGUGCAAAUAGGCGAAUAAUCAUGCGUCAAGUAGGAGACAGACUCAUACCAGUUGGUGUGACCAGUGGCCGGGUUCAUCCCCUACCGACCGGCGAGGCUCAGGACGGUGGUGAAGGGGAAAACAAUGGCAGUCGGAGAAGUCGGCGACAUAGAAAUAAUGGUGGUCAGCCGGACAUCAGCCAGUUGUUGGGUCAGAUGGGGCUGGGUGGGCAAGAUUUGGAAGAGUUGAUGGUGAUGGAGGCUAUGCGCCUCUCACUUUUGGAGCAUGAAGAGCAGCAGAGAAAAGAAGAAGAGAAACGGAAGAAAGAAGCCGCUGCUGCUGCUGCUUCAGGGGAGGGAGAUACUCCCAGUCGAUCAAGUGAGGAUCAGACGACCACAGACACAGUGGGGAACAACGCUUCCAAUAUCCCAUCGGCCGCCCGGAGCUUGGAGUCAGGAGAGGGAACAGCCGAAGCGAAUCACGGUGGUAGUCGGGCAAUGACCCCUGUAGCAGGUCAACCAACCUCUUCAUUUCACUCGCAGACACCCGUUGAUACCAGCGCCACCCGCAGUGAUGGGGCAAUCUCGAUUUCAGCCUACCCACAAUGCCUGACACCGGACACUUUAUCUCCGAUGAUUAUUGAUGGAACUGUUGAUUCCACAGCAUCGGCUGCGCCCGAUGGAGUAGCCCAGCUUUCAAGUCAGAAUGCUUCCAUGUAUAUUGACAGCAUGCAGCCAUCUGCAGGGACGCCUGGUGCGGCCUCCAUAUCGUCAUCUAUUUCGAGCUCCAAUACUCUAGGACAGUCGUCUUAUGAUGCCCUUCCAUCUUCACCAGAAUCGUCGACGGAGCAACCGUUGUUGAAACAUGGACUCAAUUUCAAUCCGGACUGCCAGUCAAGGCCGCUAAUUCAUGAUUGGGGGGUUGUGUGUUUAUAG